GGUCAUCAACUCUUUGUCUGUCAUUCACGUUCAAGCAGCCAAAGAUUAAUAACAAUAGCAAACUCACCCACUCACCCACCUUCAACUACUCAAGAGCAGAAACAGCAGGAAUACUUGAUCAUGACUUCACCAGGAAGUGGGCUCGACAUGUCUGAGAACUCGUCCAGCUUGAUCACCAAGCGCAAGAUCCAGGAAAUGGUAGCACAGAUCGACCCAAGCGAAAGACUGGAACCUGAGGUCGAGGAUAUUCUAUUAGAGUUGGCGGACGAGUUCAUCGAGUCCGUAACGCAAUUUGCCUGCAGACUAGCCACACACCGAAAGUCGUCGACACUGGAAGUCAAGGAUGUUCAACUUCAUCUCGAGAGAAAUUGGAACAUCAGGAUCCCAGGAUUUGCGUCAGAGGAGAUUCGAUCCGUACGAAAGUCGACAGUACCAUCAUCUCAUACGCAAAAAGUAACUGCGGUCAAUAAUGCCAAGGCAUCCUUGGCAUCCACAAGCAAGUGACAAGAUGAUUUUGCAUGGAGCCGGAUCACUUUUAGUUGCUAAAGUACAGCUACUGGGAUCAGCACAACAGAAACAAAAAGAGACGGCUUUGCAAGAUGUAAACUAGGACACCCUCAGCAACAAUGUACAAUAAGGCUCAGUGCCACAGACGCACACCGCAUUUCGAAAAUGAACUGUUCAGAAAAUAAACUAUAUGCCGUUGUUUUUUCUGCGUCUUGCGCUUCACAACCAGACGCUAGGCUCUUUUUUUUGUCAUGGACACAUAUCUCCGCUAUCCAGGCCGGACAGAAGACAGCGUUAUUUGAGAAUCAAGACAUCGAGAACUAUAUAUCAUGUCGAAUGUAA